GUUAUCUCCACGCCCAUGGACCUGCCGACGAUGUUUAAGAAAGUGAAACAGAGGCAGCACAAGUUCAUGAAGGAGUUCAAGGAUGAUCUCGAUCUCAUAUGGUCCAACUGCUUCACAUACAACGCCACGGAAGGGAGUGCCGUGUCCGAGGAUCCUACGGCCAUAAAUACGCCCACCUCCCGCGGCACGACCUCUCGACCCAACAGUUGGAAUUCACGACGCGGCUCGGCAGAGGUUCGCCUUGCGCCUGACCACGCCCCCUUCCUGUCAACUUCUCCGACCUCCCGUGGCACCCGUCGGCGUUCUCGAGCGACGGCCACCAGCUUUCGCACUUGCAAAGCGCCGUGA